UCUGGCUUAUCGCAGCUGCAUGCAGGAAUAUGGGCAUUGGGAAAAACGGUCGACUUCCCUGGAAUCUUCCGUAAGAAAUGAUUUUCAUUUUAUGUCAUUUAAUAAACGAAGUAAUUCAUGUUUUAGUCAGUGUAACGUGGGAUAAAAUACACCGCUGGUUAUGUAACGUUUAUUGGAAACUGGUUGAGAUUGCAUUCGAACAUACUCACUGUCUUUAUUAUGUUGUUCACAGUAUUUCCUGAAAGAAGAAAAAUCGUGUGGGCUCCACCUCAGGCAUUUCAUUUGACUGGCAAAGUUAUUUUGUUCAUAAGUUCCUCAAAUGCUUUUAUUAAGUCAACUUAAGAAAAGGGAAUUCUGACAUGAGUAGUUUAUCUAUUUUUCUUUUUUAAAUCCAUCAUACACUGUUUCCAGAAUUCAGACAUACAGGCAUUUGGACAAUUGUAUGCCUCCAAAUUUGUGGGAACACUUUGGUAAAAAGCCCCUAUUCUGUUCCAACAUGACUGUGCCCCAGUGCACAAAGCUUGGUCCAUACAGGCAUGGUUGGGUGAAUAUGGUGUGUAAGAACUUGACUGACCAGCAGAACCCUGACCUCAACACCAGUAAAUACCUUUGGGAUUAGCUAUAACAGAGAAUGCAAGCCAGGUUCUUAAGAUAAGACUUUAUUGAUCCCCUUAGAGAAAUUAACGUCAUUAUUUGUCCAUCAUUAGUGUCUGAUCUCACAAAUACUCUUCUGGAUGAAUGAGCAAAUAUUCACACAGACACACUCUAAAAUCUUGUAGAAAGCCUUCGCAGAGGAGUGAAAGCCGUAGCUGAAAAUGAAGGACCAAUUCCUUAUUAAUGCCUUUGGAUUACAAAAAAAGAUGUCCUUAAAAAAAGCCCCUGGAUGUGUAAUGUGGAAUUUUCACAACUUGUAAUGCAAUGAUAAAUCACUGUUCCCAUUAGUUAUGGCAGGAACCCAUCCCCCAGCAGGCUCCCCAACACUUUAAAAUAGGUCUUAAAAGCAGCAUAAAAAAACACGAGUAAAGGUACCAUAAAGUGUAUAUGAAUAAAGAUGUACAUGUAAUGUUAGUAAUAUAUAGAAAACUGUAUUACCACAAUGCAUUUAUCUCUAUUAUCAACAGAACAGAGUUCCAGUUUAUGUUGAAAACCGUUACGACUGUGUGUAAGCCAGUACCUGCUUACAGAUAGUUAAUACUCGGCACAAGAGAAAAAUACUCCAUGGCACACCGUGUUCUGUACACUCACGUAAGCCUAUUAUGGGCAGCAAAUUAACCCUCUGCAUAUUCUGGUGAGCUGGAAGAAAUACCCGGAAUAAACUUUUGUUGACACAGGGAGCUUGCAAAAUGUGACCAGACAGGGACCAGAAGUAAAUCUGGAACCCAGGACCUCAGAAACCAUCCUACUGUGCUGCACCCAUCUUACCAUUCUUCUGCUAUUCAGCCAUAAAUAUUUGUAAAUGUUUAAACAGUUAUACACAUAUUAUGUAUAUAUUCUAAUUAACUGCAUGUGCUUCUUUAUCUUAGGAAAAAAUAAUUUGAUCAUAUGGGGCAGAUAUAGCUGGUUCUCAUGCCCAGAAAGUGUUUUCCCUCUGGCCAACAGCCUCAACGUGGUCCUGAGCAAAAAGCUGCAGUCUGUCCCAAAGCAUGCUCACUUUAUUUCUGAGGACUUUGAUAAAGCAAUCAGCUUGGCCUCCAAACCUCCCCUCAGUGACUCUAUAGAGGCCAUCUGGAUCUUAGGUGGAACUCAAGUUUAUAAGGAAGCUCUGGAGCACCCAUGGUGUGAUCUCAUCUACCUCACCGACAUCAUGGCAGACUUUGACUGUGAUAAUUUCUUUCCUAAUUUUGACCAGAAAAUAUACAGGAAACAAAACAGGUUUCCUGGUGUGCCAAGUGAGAUUCAAGAAGAAAAUGGCAUAACAUUUAAAUUUCAAGUCUUCAAGAAGGAAACUUGACCAAAAAGCUGAACAAAAAGCAACAAAUAGGACUCUGCAGAAAGUGUGUUUUAUAGUACACAGUUUAGGAGAUGAAAUAUUUAAGAAGAUUAUAGAAUAAUGAGUUGUCAAGUUAGAUUAUAUUGACUACAAUAACUAUAUACAGUGGAUUCAGACCCUUUAACUUGUGCACACAUCACUGAUAGACACAUCUACUUUAAAUAAGGGAUAGUAACAUCAGUCAUAAUAUGUACUCAAAUUAAAUACACCCACUCAGACAUCUUUACACAGUGCUAAGGGCAUGGUGCAAAAAAGCAAGACAAAGUGCAAAAGACAACAAACAAUUAACGCUAACUCCGAUAGCGCCACUUAGAGAAUCAUGGUAGAAUCAGAGGAAUUGGCAGAAUUGUUCAGAAAGUCCACUAAUCUUGCAUGCUGUGGACUUUGUCUGGUGCACACAAGGAUACUCCCGAGACCUGCCCCAGAGCCACUCCAGUAUUGUUUUGGGUGUUGAAAGUUGAACAGGAGGUUUACACAAGGAUGUUUGUGUAUUUAGCUGCUUUUAUCUUUCCCUCAGUUUUACCAGUCUCCUUGUUACUGCUGCUGAGAAGCACUCUGUAUGAUGAUGUUUUACUGUAGACAUGGUAUUAACCAGGUGAUGAACUGUGCCUGAUUUUUCCAGAUAUGGUGUCUACUGCUCUGCAUGCAUCCAGCAUUUUCUACUGAAAACACUCUGUGUGUGAAGCCAUGUUGUUGAAUUGUGUUGGGGGUCACACUAACAAUGGUUUUCUGCCAUUCCAGAUUCCAUUAAUCUUUUCGCAAUAUUAUUUAUGGUAGAUGGUGAAAGACCUAAAUUAUUUUUAUUCUUGCAUUGACAAAUGUUAAACUAAUUUGUUGGGUCCUUUUUUUACUGUUUAUUUUGACAAACUACAAUCAAGUUAGUUAUCCAAAAAAAAAUUUAAUCUCUUUGUACUUUUGUCAGUUAAAUAAAAGUUCGAGAGAAUACACAUCAGUUUAUUUUGUUGCAUUUUUUUAAAAUGUCCCUCUUUUUCAGAAUAGAGUGAACUGGCACCCAUGGUUUUUAAAUUGCCCAACACCUGCAAGCAACUGCACUCACUACUCAUUUAUUUAAGUUUUUUUUUUUUUUCUUUUUCUUCGUCACCCUUAAGUACUUUAAAUGUCUAUGUCAAGUACUUUAUCUCAGACAAUCAAGCAUGUUAAUUAAGUGUACAAGGAUCUCUCCACUACUGUAGAUGGAAAUCUUGGCUGGGUAAGCAAUUGCAGUACAUCCACUUGGAGAGAUUAAUAAGUAGUGCAAAAAAAAAAAAAAAAAAAAAACACCAACCAAAAAUAUUGUUUUGGCUGUGCACUGGAUACUGUACCUCAAUCCAAUAAUACACUAUACAGAACAGGAGUGGUUAGUAAAGUACUAACCAGUUAUCGAUCAAAGUGCUUAUUGGUCCAUAAUCUGAUAACAGUGACAGUGUAAUAAUAUUUAAUCUAGCAUUUUAUUACUGUAAAUACAUUUCCCUGCUAUAUUGUGCAGAAUGUUCUGAAAGAAAAGAAAAAAACCCUGUAACAUCAACUAUUCAUUGCAGUGCCUGGAAUAAAAUACAGCCCCAAUGCUUUUUCA